GUUAUUCAGCCUUUACUCCCGAAACGGAAGCGGAAAUAAAAUUACAUCCGGUUCCUGUCAUCUAUCACCUGACUCGGAAGCGAAAGAAAAGACUCCCAUUUAUCAAUUGUUUAGGUGAUCUGAAAAGAGGUUGAAGAUGGGUGCGAUGUUCCGCAGCGAAGAGAUGACUCUGUGUCAGCUCUUCCUGCAGUCUGAAGCUGCUUAUGCCUGUGUGUCUGAACUCGGAGAACUAGGCCUUGUCCAGUUUAAAGAUUUAAACCCAGAAGUGAAUGCCUUUCAAAGGAAGUUUGUCAAUGAAAUAAUGAGAUGUGAGGAGAUGGAGAGGAAAUUGAGAUAUAUCGAGAAAGAGUUGAAGAAGGAUAAACUAAAGAUACCGGACUCGGACUCCAAUCCUAAAGCUCCGGCACCAAAAGAAAUGAUUGAUCUUGAGGCAACAUUUGAAAAGAUAGAGACUGAAUUACGUGAGGUUAACACAAAUGCUGAAGCACUGAAGCGGAACUUCCUUGAACUGACUGAAUUACGAGAGGUCCUGAUGAAAACCCAAACAUUCUUUCGGGAGUAUGAUUACCAGCCGGAGCAUGGUCAUGGACAUCACAACAUUGUGGAUGAUGCUCAGCAUGCUCUGGUACCUGAGGAAAGAACUGGCACUGCAGUACAACUUGGGUUCAUUGCAGGCGUGAUUCCAAGAGAGAAGGUUCCCUCAUUUGAAAGAAUGUUGUGGUUUGCUUGCCGUGGCAACGUCUUUCUGCGAUAUGAGGAAAUAAUGCAUCCCCUCGAAGAUCCACACACUGGUGAUGCUAUACACAAGGGUGUGUUCAUCAUAUUUUUCCAGGGAGAACAACUUAAACAGAGGGUCAGAAAAAUCUGUGAAGGAUUUCGUGCCACCCUGUACCCCUGCCCAGAGACAGCACAAGAAAGACAGGAAAUGUUGAAUGGUGUUAGCACAAGACUGGAUGACCUUGCUAUUGUUUUGAGACAGACCAAAGAACAUCGUUACCGUGUCCUGUUGAAUGCGCAGAAAGAAAUACACAACUGGAUCAUUAAAGUGAAGAAAAUCAAGGCGAUCUAUCACACAUUGAACAUGUGUAACUUUGAUUUCUCAAGGAACAAUCUAAUUGCAGAAUGCUGGGCACCAGUCAAGGUUCUAGAGGAAGUUCAAGCUGCCCUACGGCAUGGACAGGAGUUGAGUGGGAGUAAUGUUCCAAAUAUCUUGCACCGUAUGGUAACCCAUGAGACGCCUCCCACAUACUUCAUGACUAACAGGUUCACCACGGUAUUCCAGAGUAUUGUCAGCUCUUAUGGUGUUGCCACAUACAGGGAAGUCAAUCCAGCUACAUACACUAUAAUAUCGUUCCCAUUCCUGUUUGCGGUGAUGUUUGGAGACACGGGGCAUGGAUUUAUUAUGUUCUUGUUUGGUCUGUGGAUGGUUGUCAGUGAGAAGAAGUUGUUGGCACAGAAAUCAGACAAUGAAAUCUGGAAUAUGUUUUUUGGUGGGCGGUAUAUCAUUAUGAUGAUGGGCCUGUUCUCACUGUAUACUGGACUGAUUUAUAACGACUUUUUCUCCAAGUCCAUCAACCUGUUUGGAACAUCUUGGCAUUCGAACUACUCGCAUUCUACACUGGACCAUUCAGCAUCAUUAAAACUCAAACCAGAAGACUUCUUUGACAGUGCGAAUGAUGGUCCAUACCCAUUGGGACUUGAUCCUAUAUGGCAAGCCAGUACCAACAAGAUUACGUUCACCAAUUCAUUCAAGAUGAAACUGUCUGUGAUAUUUGGAGUGUCUCAUAUGUUGUUGGGAGUCAUGCUUAGUGUGAUCAACCACAUACAUUUUGGUAACUUCCUGUAUGUGUUCAUCCAGUUUAUCCCAGAGGUUUUGUUCUUGUUGUGUAUAUUUGGAUACCUUCUGGCUCUUGUGUUCUUCAAGUGGAUCACCUACAGUGCUGAGUGUGCUUCAUGCACACCUGCUCUGCUCAUCCACUUUAUCAACAUGUUCUUGAUGAAGUACAAGGAACCAAAAAUGACACCUGAGGCUUACCACUGCAGUAGUAUGAGAAACUUGACACAGAAAGAAAUGGGGUGUGAUUCACAGACAAUCUUCUACUCUAACCAGCAAACCAUUCAGACAGUCCUGAUACUGGUAGCUGUAUUGUGUAUACCUGUCCUGUUGCUUGUUAAACCAUUCUAUCUGAGGUUCCUACACAACCAGAAAGUUAGGAGGAAGCAGGGCCUCAGUGCCAUGUCACACGAGCGUCUUGUGCAGCACGAGGUACCGCCAGGACAGGAAUCUGUUGACCAAGGGAAAGAUAAAUCUCAGUCUGCCAUAGAAAUGUCGGGUGUUGACAGUACAGAGGUGAGUGUUUCUAUCAAUGGUGGUAGUGGAGAUGCCGUGAUGACAGUAGAAAUACAUGAAGAAGUCGAAGUAGAGAAGUUUGACUUUGGUGAUAUAUUUGUGGGCCAGGCUAUCCACACUAUAGAAUACUGCCUUGGAUGUGUCUCCCAUACAGCCUCGUACCUUCGGUUGUGGGCUCUUAGUCUGGCUCAUGCACAGCUGUCGGAGGUGCUAUGGAGUAUGUUGUUCCGUAUAUCGUUAAACAUGGACUUGCCAUACAUCGGCUCGGUGCUGAUCUUUGCUGUGUUUGCUGUAUUUGCUAUGUUGACGAUCGCUGUACUGUUGUUGAUGGAGGGACUGUCUGCUUUCCUGCAUACACUCCGUCUACAUUGGGUGGAGUUUCAGAGCAAGUUUUACCAUGGUGACGGUUACCUGUUUGACCCAUUUAACUUCAAGGAGCAGAUGAACCCCACUCUGGAUGAGAAGUAAUGAUGUGGGCAUUUAUUCAAGAUGAACAAUUAAAAUAGUGCUGAUUUUUUUGUAAAAUACACCAAUCCUGAAGAAACUGCUGUUUGACACUGUAAUUUUCCAUUGUAUAUCUGUACUUUGAAAUUUUUUGCACACAUUUAUUUCACUUGUUAAGCACGAACUUAUAGUAUUUUAGUAAGAGGGAAUUGUAUUCUAUAGUUGUUGUUUCUGAAGAGCCAUAUAAAUUCACACCUGUUAAAAUUGAAAUGCAAUGUACUGCUUUAUUGAAACACUGUGCAGUUUUUAUUUUUAUUGAAAAGUUCAGGUAUUGGGCUGUCUGUAAUGUAAGAUUGGUAUGAAAUUUGUACACUUUGCUGAAUAAUUGUAAUCAAGAACAAGUACAUGCUGCAAUAUCAGAAUUUUUGUUUGAAAAUUUAUUUUGAUCACCCACAAAAUUGAGGUCCAAUUGACUGUCAUAAUAUUACUACGCACAUCUUACUAGCGGCUUUGUGAUUUCAACAUUGUUUGACAGCUAAAAAGAGGUUUUUUUGACGAAAAUGUGCCUGUGAUUUUUUUCAGAGUGCCUUGUGAAAUAUUUAUGAUUUCAUUUUGAAAGACUACAUCACCAUUAACCUAUUAUUAUUUUAGUCUGUAAAUAAGUGCUGUAAAGUUAUUAGUCAAUGCUUAUAAUUGCAAGAGAAGAAAAGUAGAAUAAUUUAACUGCAAAAAUUUUACUCUGCAUUUGGCCGUUUUGAAUUUAGAAGACUUGAGAAGUAGACAAUAUAAAAUAGCAUAGCACACGUUUGAUUUUCCAUUAUUUAUUUGAUUAUUGUUUCAUGGUGCCAUAUAUGAAAUAAUGUUAUUAUAGUGAUCUUAGGUGAUAAGGUUCUUAUAAUCAGAUUGUAGAGAUAAGUAUACCACACAGACAUCAUACAGACAGAUAUUAAAUAGUACUUUGGGCGUGGCCAGCAGGAUUACUACAUGUUUGAUUUCGAUUAUCUUCUAAUUUUUAUUGCAAUUUUUUCACUUUUCUGUUAUUUUUGACUCUCUACUCUCGCCAAUAUUUGUGUAUUUAUUGUAUGCGUUGUCACCUGUAUGUAGCUAGAUAACCCCCUCCUGGCCAUUUCUUGGCUUACUUUUGCAUCCCAUAUAAAACCUACACAAUGACUAUGUAGUGACAGAAUAAUACAUGUAAUAAUUGAUGGAUGACAAAUGUAUUUGGUUUUACUUAAAGAAAUGAAUCAUAAUUUAGUACUUUCUAUUUUGGGUAUAAAAUAACAUGGUUGUGUAACAGUCAUGCAGUUAUAUUUACAGACCUGUGGGUUAUGUUAGGAGGCAAGCAUUAGGUAAAAAAUAUUAAGUAGGCUAGAAACUUGGAUAGGCAAAUAUUAGGUAAACUUUGAUAGGCAAGCAUUAGGUGAAACAUAUUGAGUAGCCAAGAAUAUUAGAUAAAUAAAAUAUAUUGAAUAGACUAGAAACUUUGCAGGACAAAAAGAGGAUAUAAAGGUUAUUUACAGGGAAGGAUCUGAAGUGUGGCCCAUGUAGGUCUUUGGCAUCUUGUGUAUGAAAAGUUAACCAUUUUUUUACCCUUGCUUGAUGGUAAAAAGUGACUGAUAGGGUAUGAACACUCGAUUUUACUGUAUCUCUGUGAUUCUAGCAGGCAUAAAAGUCUGGAUUCCGUACCUCAUAUUAUUUUGAUGUAAAUGAGAUGUGAAAUCGAAAUGUUUAGUUCAGUUUGAUGCCAUAUAAUUUGCACUGUGUUUGUGAGCCAUAAAACCAAAAUCAACAAUCAGCUUAAUGAAGAGUGCAGUGAUUUCAUCCUGUAUUUUCUCUAAAUCAUACAUAUAGAUACGAUGUUCUGAAGCAUGUACAGUGUUAUAGAACGUGUUAUCAAACAAGUUUUCUGUUCUGUUAGCAAAAAUAUUUCUUAUGCAUAGAUUCAGCCUGCAUGAAAGAUCAGCAUCGCAAUACAAGUAGUAUUGUAUUUCAUUUAAUAUUUGGUUCAAAAUUUGUGUGUUUAUAUUGGGUAAAAUUGUAAGUGCUAAAUGCUUUGACAGUGAACAAAUUGUUACAGUGACUACAUUCCAGUUAUAUACUAUAUUGUAUUUUUAUUUGAAAAAGUAUUUACCCAUUGCAUGUAGGUUUUCCAGAAAUGUAAAAUUUGUUUUUACAUUGAUUUUAAGAGGAAAAAUCCAGAUAAUAUAAGAUUUCUUUUUGUUUUGAAAGUUACAUGUUUGACAUCAUUGAUAUGAACUUUUUACUCCAGGAUUUUUGAUUGCUAACAAAAUUCCCUUUUACAUUUCUUGCCUUACUUUAAAUUUAUGUGAUAUAUUUUAUAUAUAAUCAGAAGGAAAAUAAUCACUUAGGCACUUCUUAGCUAUUAUUUAAAGCACAUCUUAAGAUUUUCAAAAAAAGCAAAGGUCUAAAACAUCAUGGAACCAUUUUAUUGUAUUAAAAAAUAAGAUCCAUAUAUAAUAAUAUGUGUAUCUGUUAACAAAAAUCAAUGUUUUAAUGAAAAUUAAUAAAGUAAUUUUUUGACUGAAAAUUAAUAUAGUUGAACUUCUGUCCUAAAUGCUUAAUGGUUUUUUCAUUUGUUUAAACAUUGUAUAUCAUUUUCUGGUGCUGAUAUAGAGGACCAUAAAUUGUCUUCCAGAAAUUAUAUAUUUACAUAAAAGCUUCAAGAAAAUA